AUGACUGAUAUCAAACGUAAUUAUUCAGACGUAAUGUCUUACUCCCUUGAAUCACCAGGAGACGAUGAAAAUGACCAGAAAAAGCUUCAUACGAAGCCAGGUAGAAAACCAAUCGAAACCGAGCCCAAGUCGAAGCGUACAGCACAAAAUAGAGCUGCUCAAAGGGCUUAUAGAGAAAGAAAAGAACGCAAGAUGAAAGAAUUGGAGGACAAAGUGAAACUAUUGGAAGACGAAAAUGUGAAAGCAAUGACUGAAACUGAUUUUUUGAAAGCGCAAGUUAGCAUCUUAAAGAGCGAGUUGAUCAAGUAUACAGGGUCAACCGAUCUUCUGGAUUUAAAUCUUCCCAAAACCGUUGGUCAUUUGAGUAAUCCUAAUCCUAGUCCUAACCCUAAGCCAAGCAAUGUUAGCUUAUCACCACAAGAUAAUAAUGAGAGCUCUUCGGGGACUUCGAAGGGUUCAGUUUCAGAUAAGGCUUCAACACACUCAUCAAUAUCCAAUAGUUCACCCAACUUUUCAUUUGGUACGCCUUGGUCUAAGGAUAAUUUGAAGAUUAUGAGGCAACAGCAACAACAAUCUCAUACCAAUCCACAUGGUAAUGACGCUGGAUGUCCAGAUUUGGUGUCUGGGUCAUCCUCGUCAACUACACCAUUAAAUGAUAACAUUCUCGUAACCCCCGAUGGUGUUACAGACAUGGGUACUAAGAAUGAUACGUCUUUAAAUUUUACUCGCAAUUUUGAAGAAGAAGUCGAUCCCUUUUGUGUGAAACUUGGUGAGGCAUGUGGCACGAAAAAGAAUCCAAUACCCAAAGCCAGAAGAUCUAUACCGAAUGACCGUACUCAACUGAAUCCCACAACUGAAUCAACGCGGUUUGACUCCCCAUUUUCACUUAUGUCUCCAUCAUAUCCUAAAUUCUCCACAGAACUGCACACAGGAGACAGUCAUGACUACAAUGAUAAUGAAUUGUUCAACUUGAACACUACCGAUUUUGAUUUCAAUUUGGUUGACAAUAAAUACAAAGAUUCUGAUGAUCCAUUGAGUUUCUUAAAUGACAACAACUUCGAUGUUUCACUAGCUUUUGGCAACUCAAACAAUGGUGGAGGCGAUAAAGAUAUUGCUGAUUUGCUAACUACCGAAGAGUCCAUGUACGAUCCGUUGAAUAAGGAUGAAGUAAACACUGAUUUCAAUUUCAAUGAUUUUAUCAAGAAUUCAGUCACUGAGAUAAAUGGAAAAACAGGCCUGAAAGAAAGUGGCGAGCCUGCAGUAGCCAAGAAAGAGGAUGAUGGUGAUGAUGAUGAUAGUAGCAAUGAGGUUGUUCCAGCACCAAAAGCUACAAUGAAGUGCAGUGAGAUUUGGGAUAGAAUUACUGCCCAUCCUAGGUAUACUGAAAUUGAUAUUGAUGGAUUAUGUAAUGAAAUGAAGAAUAAAGCCAAGUGCUCAGAGAAAGGGGUGGUUAUAAACGCAGAUGAUGUUAGUCUGUUGUUGGAAAGGAGCAUAAGAAGGUAG